UCGUGCUUCGGGUGCCCAACACCAAAACGCUGCUCAGCCGCUAAACCUCUGCUCUCUCUCCGCUAUGUGAAGAGAAUGAAGAGUCGGGGAGUGGGUUGUAAAUCUAGCUUGGUUUUUCUGAAUUUGCACAUACCGAUGGGAGGACAAGAAGAAAGACAGACCGGAGCCUGUAUUUCUAGCGUUUCACUUUUCACCAGCGCCACACGCAGCUGCUGCCAGGCCACACGCUCCAACGCUGCCGCUCUGCCGCCCGGCGCACCGCUGCCCCGACCCCGGCCCGCGGCCGCCGACACUCCCACCGCCUCCCGAGAGCCCCCGCCCGCCCCGCCACACGGGAAGCCAGGGCUGCCAUGGGAGCCUCUCCAGAACCCGCGGCGGAGUCCAGACGAGUACCUCCGGUGCGGGAGGGCAUGCACCGAAGCGGGCCAUGACUCACCCGCCAGCGACAAGCGAGGAAACUCCCGCUGCCGCCGGGCUCCACCGCCGGGGCAGAGCGCAUGUGCGGAGGUUCCCUGCCUCCCCGCGGCUCCUCGCACCCUUCCUCCCUCCCGCCUCGUCGUCCGUCCUCCCCCUUCCCUCCCUCCCACCCUGCCUCCCUCUCUCUCUGCCUGCCUGCUUGUCAGCCUGCCCGCCUUCCUGCCGCCGUCUCCCUCUCCGUGCCGGCUGGGUGCUGAAGUUGGGCGGAUGGCAGCAGACCCGUUCCAUUAGGGACGAGCCGCACCAGCCCUUCUAGGGAUCGCUCAGCGCCAACUGCACGCAUCCGGGCGGGAGUGGCCACCUGGGCACUGAAGUAGCUGAAAUGAGAAAGAGGCAGCAGUCCCAAAAUGAAGGAACAUCAGCUGUGUCUCAAGCACCUGGAAACCAAAGGCCCAACAACACGUGUUGCUUUUGUUGGUGCUGUUGCUGCAGCUGCUCAUGCCUCACUGUUAGGAAUGAAGAUAGAGGAGACAAUGCAGGAAGGCCAACACAUACAACCAAAUUGGAGAGUAUCCAAGUCAUAGAAGAAUGCCAAAACCCUACUGCAGAUGAAAUUUUGUCUUGGGCUCAGAAUUUUGACAAGAUGAUGAAAACACCAGCUGGGAGGAACCUUUUCAGAGAGUUUCUUCGAACAGAGUACAGUGAGGAGAACCUGCUUUUCUGGCUUGCAUGUGAAGAUCUAAAGAAGGAACAGAACAAGAAAGUCAUUGAAGAAAAAGCAAGACUUAUAUAUGAAGAUUACAUUUCUAUACUAUCUCCAAAAGAGGUUAGUCUUGACUCCCGGGUGAGAGAAGUGAUCAACAGAAACUUGUUGGAUCCCAGCCCUCACAUGUAUGAAGAUGCCCAGCUCCAGAUAUACACCCUAAUGCACAGAGACUCUUUUCCAAGGUUUUUGAACUCUCAGAUUUAUAAGUCUCUUGUUGAAAGUAUUACAGGCUCUACUUCUGAAACUUAGUUUUCAUUUUCAAACAAAAUAACUUGAUUUUUUGGGGGUGGGUGGGAUGGAAGAAGAGUAGUUUAAUAACAUCUGGAGCUGGGUUCCUGGAGAACUACAGUUUAGCUCUACUCAGGCUACUGUGAAGAAAACAAAUAUGUAUUAUGGUCUCUGUCUACAUUUUUACCAAGGUCCUCCUUGCUCAAGAAGGCGUGGGAGGGGAACAAUGGAUUUGCCAAAAUACCUUUGUUUCACACUCCUUUCACCCUACUGCAGUCAAGAUUGCAGUGAUGUAUUUGUAGUUUUACGAACAUUCUCCUUGUGUAUCCUCACACUGCAUGUGCAAGGUAAAACUGCUUCACUUACCACUUAGUUGUUGCAAUAUUUAAUCCAAUAACAUAAAUUAUAUCUGUAUUUAAGGACUUUUUUUGUGCAAUACAGUCUUAUGGUACAUAUAAACAAUUGCAGCAAACCACAAAGAGGCUUGCAUUUUUUAACAUCACUAACUGAAAAAAAAGCCAAUUUUUAAGGUGUAGCAUUACUCAUAUGCUCUACUGAGUACAAUACACUGACUUUUUGAAGCCAAUAUUUCUGUACAGAAAAAAAAGAGCUAUUUAUCACUGUUUAUUUAAACUCAAUCAAGUGGAGGAUUCCUCUGGUUGUCCACUGCCAAAACUAGGAAAAAAAAAAAGGGCAGGAAAAAAAAAAGCACAAACCACUUAAAGGGAUCCAUAUCUGAGUGACACAAUCUAUGCGCUGAUGUUGUUUAAUUGUUAAAAGAACAAAGAUUUUCAAUGUACAUUUCAGAUGUCAGUUACUGUAAUUGAUUUAUUAAAGACUGGCUACCCAGUUCUAACACUGUUGUAUAAUGUUAUGUACUUCAGAAAGAAAACAAAACCACAGCGACAAAACCACAAAAAGCUUGAUAAUUUAGUUUUUUUAAUAAAGAAAUUUCAUAAAAGAUUGCCUACAUGUAGCAUUUUAGAGCAUUUUAGAACAUUUUGAUGAAUUGCAUCUGUCCUGUAAGGUGUUUUGGGGUUUGUUGGGUUGGUUUUGGGUUUGUUUUUUUUUUUUUGGAAAGAUAAAUCCAGUUAAAAAAAUGUUUUUAUAGUAAUGUUUUACAAGUUGGUGGCUUAGAGAAGAUUUAUCUUAGCUUCUAGCCUCAUUGAUUUUGAGUAACUCCUUGAAAACAAGGGCGUUUGAGAGUAAUAUUAAACCAAACUUCAAGGGCUUCUAAACCUGCAGUCCUUACCCAAGCAAAAUCCAUAUGAAAAUUCAACGGGUGUCUUUCCUGGGUAAGAAUCCUGCACUGAGCCCUUCAUCAGAGCUAAGGCAGCACAGUACUCCUAUCACUUGGCUGCCAUGGUGUUUUUAAGAGGUGUUCACUUGGCCUUUUUAUCAAAACAUGUCCAAUUUUAGGAUGCAUUUUGAUGUUUAGAGACAGUGACUCAGAAUUAAAAUAAUAAAUAUCUCCAUACAUAUACAACAUACAAUCAAAAGGAGUGCUAGCAUUCCUCACAAAGUGUUAAGGACAUACCAAUAAAUGGCUUUGAAUACUUGUUAAAUAUAUAUAUAUAUUUAUGUGUGUGUAUAUAUAUAUUUAAUACUGACAACUCUGGUCUUAUACUAAGACUUAAGAGGCAAGGCUCUUCUCAUUUACAUAGGACUAAAUGUGCAUAAGCUGGUUGCUUCCAAUGGAACUGGAAGGUCUGGCAGUUGUGUCCUUGAGUGGAAUCUAGCCCCAACACACUUGGCUGCAUCCACCCAGUUACACCUUGCAGGUAACCUUGGGUGCCAGCUCUUGCUGCAGCUGCUGCUGCAAAGGCAGGUCUGCUGCUAUACAGUAACUGGUAGGACGCAGGUCUUAGUUUUAUCUUCUGGGGCUUAUUUUUUCCUUUGUUUUACUACCUCUCAUUUUUUUAAUUGAUUGAACAUGUUUAAAAAUAGCAAGUUUGGGGAAUUUUUUUAAUCAUUCUUUUUACUUGAAACCUGUGUGCUUUUUUUGGAUAUAUAUAUACAAACAAUUUAACAAACUGUUUCUUAAACUCAUUUGGUUUUGUAAUUUACACAGAAUUCAGGAGAAGAUUAAAAGGGCUAUUCUCUAUUCCCUAUGCAAAUAUUUUAACUGUUGUAGUGUCUGACAAAAUGGGAUCUACAAGAAAAACUCUGCAAAGUGAAAAACAAAUCUGUUUACAGUGGCGUUGCUGACUAUCCUACCAUAUUCAGCACUUUUAAAUAUUGUUAUUUAUGAAAAUGUAGUAUAAAAUGCAAGAAGAAAUAUUUAUAAAUGUUUCUUUUAAUAAAUACCUGUUUUGUCUGAAAGUGUUGCUGUGUUAUGACAACUUUAUUCAUGUUGGUUAGCUACUUGCCAUUAUGAAUAAAAUAUUCAAUUAUUUUACUGGUAGAAUAAGAGCUAUGAUGUUUACAAAUCCUGAGGGGGGGAAAUUCACUGAGAAAGGACUGCCACCUUCUACUGUGAAAUGCUGUUAGAAAAAUAAAUCAAUUUCUGGCUUUUUUUCUUAGCUGAAAUUUAACUAUGGUCCUACAUAUGUCUAGUAUCAUUUGAUUACAGUUCUAUUUGCUGUGGUACUAAACAUAUACGGCAUCAUAUAUGUAUAUAUUUACAUAGUGUAAUUUCAACUUUGUUGGUGUUUGAGGCACAAAACAUUUAAGUCACACAGCUAAACAAUGUGCAAGAGGCAAAAGUGCAUGCAUAUGUCUUUACAGAUGUAGACUUGAAAAAUCUUGAUGUUAUUAUUUGAUGGUAACCUGCUAGUCUUAAGCUAUCUUUAUAAGAUAUUUCAUGCAGGUAGAAGUUCUUGUCAACAUAGACAAGUCAUCCUUUCAUGGGCAGUUUUAAAGCUAAAUGUGCAGGCCCUAAAAUGUUAGCUUGACAUCUAGCUUAAGAUUCCAAAACCUGUGUUUGGAAGUGUUGCACCAUUUUGAAAAGUAUUACACCAGUCUUCAGAGUACUACUGCAAUGAAAUCACGUUCAAAGUUUCUUGUCUUAAAACCUCUAUUUGGAGGGAUUAAAAAAAAAGAAAAUAAGAUGUGAAGUUUCUUUCUUGGAGAAAAUGCUCAUAUUAAGAUGUUUAAUAAUAAUUUCAUCUAUCAGUUUGGGCUUCCCAAUUUUUUAUUAUUUUUUAAAAGAAAAAACCUAUAUGGUCCAAAUGGACAACCUGUAACAUGAUCUCAUUGCCUAUCAGACAGUUCUUUGAACACAAACUGUAAAAUGGUUAAAUUAUGAAACUGAUUUAUUGUGCAUGCAGUGUACAAUACCCUUUGAAAAAAUGCCUAAAUACACUUAUUCUACAGCCUGGAAUAAAAUAAGUAUGUAUCUAACUUGUAUUUCAGUUGUUCAUGAGAAUGUAUAUAGCAAGUGCACUACAAAAAAUGUGAUGCUUUUGUCACUUUUUCCAACUGUUUCAUCUUUUCUGUCAAAUAGAGCCAAACACCAAAUGACCACUAACAAGCAAAACACUUGUGUGUACUCCUGAGCUUUAGGUUUCAAAGAAACUGAAUAUAUACUGUAUUAUGCUUGUGUUCAGCCUAGCUGUUUACAGUCAACUUCCAUACAUCUGAGCUGAAAACAGUUUGGGAUACCCAAGAUGAAAAGAAACAUGCAGGUAGCAUUAAGAGCAUUUAUAUUAGUCUGAAGGCACAUAUGACUAAAAGUAUGAUGAAGAAAAGACAAGUCAAUGACACAGGUGGCUGGGCAGCUUGUAAACCAGAUGAGCCCAGGCAGCAUGGAACUGUGGCACGUGGCACUUCCAGGUCUACAGCCCAUCUACAACUUGCUUGAGCAAUUGUGAAGUCCACCUAAUCCAUUUGUGGGACAACAGAGAGUGAACACAAACUGGAUUUUAGCUAGUAAUUGCUCUGUUUUAAUUUAAAAGCAGGCUAAAGUGCCUGGGUCUAACAGACAGGGUUUAAGAUGUCACCUGGUGCCACACUUCCUCCCCAAGGCAGCAAAUUUGAUCACAAGGAGCAUCCGCCUGUGGAACCAGUAUCUAAAAAUGGUGAGGGGCUCUUUCAGUGUGAGCAGCUUGAUAGACUGCCCAUACCAUGAGGCUGCUCAGGAACCAGCAGCUUCUGUAAGCAGUAAGUGCUUGCAAAAGCCACUAAGUAUUCCACAAUGCCAAUUCAAGAGCAAUCAAAGCUGAUACAAGUCUUUUAACCUAAGUGACUGUACCCUACAAGAAGUAAAGCUCAAUGUUUGUGAGCCUGCUCCCAGUGGCAUCAACCAAGCCAACAACAGCCCGAGUCCUUGCCAAAUCCAGCAAAGCAAAAAAUGAAGACUGCACACAGACAGCUUCAAUGUCUGCUCCUAGCUGAUUUGAAUCAUGUUCAAACCGAUUUCAAACCAGGGCUGUUCUCGGCCCACAGUGCUAUUAUUUUUUGAGACACCCAAGAGCAGCACUGCAGCACAUCCUGGGACAUGGCUGCAGUGACAAAGGUCCAGUCAUGUUCACCAAUACUCUUGAGUACAUUUGCAGUGUCAAAACAUCAGCCUCAUUCAGACAGGUUUUGAAUACUUCUGCCAGCAGUAGAAGUGAUGUUUGUGAGAUGAAGGAACAAACUGAUAACGGUGCCAAAAUCAGCAGGAAAAAAACUGACAUAAACAUUGUCUGUGUGUUACUUUAAUGUUAGACCAAGAGAUAGAUUUUGUCUCUUCCUUGAUCCAUAAAGUCACUCCACGGAAAUUCAUCCCUCCAAUUUAAAGCCGAGGUACAACCCAGAUGAUUCAAAGGCUAAGCAUCAGCCAUUGACAUACUACUUUCUUCUAAAAAGCUUUACUUGAAAUCACUAACUGAAUUUCCUCAAUUCUGUGUGCUCCUCUCACAAGUGGGGUUCACACAGCCAUUAAGACUCUCAUAUUUCUUCACUGAUGCAGAAUGCCAAAAUAUCUAGUCUAUGAAGUGCAAAUAUUUGGUAUUUUUUCCUUUACCCUUCUGAAAGGCAGCUUCAGGUCAGGCAGCAGUGAGUGCAAGGGAAGAUUUUUGUGAGUGAGAUUUCCUAAGCGCUGGCCUGGGCUGUUUAUCAGAAUCAGACUGACCACAGAGAGUGUACAUUGUCUGCAAAACCCUUCAAGUAUGAUUGCUUUUGUAUUAUUGGUACAGUGUAUUUUGCCAAUAAAUUUUAUUCAAUGUGUUGCAUUUACAGUCAUAGGAAAAUGUUUUCAUCCAACCAUUACCUUGAAUGUGUAGUAUUGCAAAGAACAAAUUCUCACACUGACUGUCUUAUCUUCGGAUUUCCACAACGGAAUAAAACAUCCAAGUUUUCAUUCCUGGUUACAAACUACAUAGCUGUGUGAGCAUUACUCUUUAUUUUUAUACUACUUUCAUGAAGAUAACAAUUUAUUAAUGUAUCACAUGGAAGUUACUGUUAUUCCACCAGUGUAAUUUACUUGUAAAGUAUGAUUAACUAGUUCUGUUAAGACAUAAACAAAGGCAGAAGCAAAAGACUCACCUUUGACUUCUCCAAUGAUUGUAAUAUAAAACACUGCCUAAUACAAUUUUAUGGAUAGUUGCACAUUUCUAUAAUAAAGUAUAUUCCUCAAACUG